AGGACGCUGGAAGGAGCUUGUUUAGAUCUGCGCACCACAGAGAGGGAGCAACCCGCAGAGCCUUGACUGAUCUCCAGACCACAGACUUCCACUUCUGAUUACCAUCUGAAAGCAUUUCAAUAUUUCAACAAUGAAGCGCGGACUUCUUCACUUUUUAAUAACUUUCCCUCUCAUCAGUGGGUCACCUUUCCAGUACAGCAUGUUUCAGGGGAACGCGUAUUCUGGCACCGAAACACGACAAAGGAACAAAAACUGGUGUGCCUACGUUGUGCACAAGAACGUGAGCUGUGCCGUCGUGGGAGGCACGGAGAGUUUCAUGCAGCCGGAGGUUCUGCCGUGUCCACCGGAGCUGCCAAACUGCGCGCAACAAGUGAUAUAUCAAACACAUUUUAGGCCCAUGUACAAAAUUGCCUACAAGACUGUAACAGAGCUGGAGUGGAGGUGCUGCCCGGGGUACCAGGGCCACGACUGCAGGGAGGUGAAAGACAUGAAGCUACUCCAAGUGGAGCGUUUGCCUCAGGCUCCCUCCGCCUCUGGACAUUUUCCUGCUCCACAAGCUCCAGAUCAGCGAACACAUGGCCAGAGAAACCAUCCAUGGGGAGGGGCGGGGCAGUUUGGAGGUCAGACAGGUCACAGGCCAGUACAGGCUCACAGAACAUCCCAGAGUCCACAACACCUGGAGGAGGAGGUGCAGCGACUUUCCCAGAUGGUCCUCGACAUGCAGGCGAGAAUGACAGACAUGUCCUCCAACCUGAGACUGGACUUCCAGGAGGAUGCCAGUAAGAUGCUGAUUACGCUGGUAAAUAACCUCAAGCAGCCCGCCAGUGCACGGGGCGCCGAGACCGAAACCAUUCAGGUGCAGGACUUCUCGUUUGAUGAGGGGACGCUGGCGAUGGACGAGGUCAUGAACAAGAUUAACCAGGUCUCACAUGAUCUGGAGUCCAAGAGCAACACCCUGGAGGACCUGCUGGGUCGUGUCAGCCACCAUGAUGGACAAAUUCGUCUGCUAAUGGAAGCUGGCCAGACUCCGCUGUCCACACCUCAUCCUGCCCCCCCAGUCAGCAAUGCAGACCUGCGGGCCUAUCUGGACGAUAAGAUCCGCGCUCUGAGAGAGGAGUUGAUGGAGGGCAUUGAAAUCAAAAUGGCAGACUUGAAGAACUCCUGUGAUUAUAAAAUCAUGUCAGUUCAGGAGCAGUGUGAAGGACAGGAACACAACUACCUCAGCCUGGCCGAGCUCAUGGACUCAAAGGAAAGUGACCUCCGCAGUGAGAUCCAGGACCUUAAGACCAAACUGACUGAUCCAGGAAAGGAAGACAAGCGGGUAUCGGACUCUGUUGUGGCUCGCGUUGAGAACCUUGAAAUCCGUCUGAACUCAUCAGACGUGACUGUAAAGUGUUGCCACUCUGUCGAGGAAAAGCUGAGGACGGAACAGUCGGAUGGCAUUAAAGAUCUAAGGGACACUCUGGAGGACAAGCUGGCCUCCAUGGAGGACCGACUCACCACCCUGUUGAUAGACACAAGCACCAACUCUCCAUCGGGGGGUCAGCCAGAGAGACCAGAUGCUCUGCAGAGGGACGUUAGCUCUCUGAAGGGUUCUGUUCAAACUCUGGAGGACAGACUCAAUGGCUUGGACCAGUUGUGUUCAAAAGAGUGCAAAGCUAAUUUGACUGUUGUAGAAGACCUUCAGCAGGACUACCAGAACUGUAAAACUGCUGUAGAUGCUAUGGAGACUCAUCUAAAAUCCCAGAUACAUGGCAGUGGAGCUGAGAACGUACACGACGAGUUAAGCUACAUUAAAGGUCGUGUGGACAGACUGGAGAGCUCGCUGUCAGAUGUAGUCCAGCAGACACUAAACUCCACCUGGGGACCGGUUAAAACGGGGACUGAGCAGGAGGCCAAGGAGCUUUUGGAGCUCCACAGAACACAGCAUCGGGAGCUGAGGCAGCGGCUGGACGAGCUGGGCAGGGAGGUGAAAGCUGAGGCCGAUCGCUGCAGGGAAAAAACGCAAGAUGUGGAGGGGGAGGUCGCCCACAUGGACAGCCGCAUCGUUAAUGUGGAGGCUUUAUGCAACAAGCUGGAUCCUAUCUCUGGUAGCCUCCAGAGGAUCAAAGAGGGGCUGAAUAAACACGUCACUGGGUUGUGGACUUGCGUGAACCAGCUGAACGGCACGGUUAGAGCUCAUGCUCGAGACAUCGGAGGACUGAGGGGAACCUGUCAAGCCCUGCAGAACCACAUCUCAGACGUAGCCAGAGACCUUCAGCUGCUGACCAAGAGCUCUCCUGGGAAACAAGGUGUUCAGGUCGGACUGGAGGACGCGGGACUUCCUCAGGGCUCGACUGAAGGCCUCGCCGUGCCGAUGGGCCCCGUGGACGCCUCCCUCCCUCAGCCACCUGUGAUGGAGACCGGAGAGGCGGGCCCCCCCGGCAAGAUGGCUCAGUCCAAGCUGCCCAAAGGAACCGACGGCAGCAUGGUGCCUGUUCUGGGUUUUGCCGGAGCUCCAGCUUCCCCACUCAAAUCCACCGACUCCCUGAAGACCAGCACGCCUCUGAUCUCAGUAGUGAACAUGCCCCUCAGACCUCCACCACAGGAUUCAGGUGACAAGGUGUCGUUCUCAGCCGGUCUGACUCUCCCACCGUUCCAAGGAGACGUUGGAAUCAUUCGAUUCGACAAAGUGCUGAUCAAUGAUGGAGGACAUUAUGACCCUCACACAGGUGUCUUCACAGCUCCUACAGACGGCCGCUACCUGGUGACAGCUGUGCUCGCAGCCCAGCGAGGCGAGAAGGUCGAGGCCGUCCUGUCAGUGUCCAAUCACAGCAUCCAGAGGCUGGACUCUGCAGGUUUCCUGUCCGGAGCCGCCGCACCGCUUCCACAUGAACAGUGCGGCUGCAGCAGCUCGACCUCACUGAGCCUCGUUCUGUCUCUGAGCCGAGGAGACCGAGCCGGACUGGUCGUGACCGCAGGAAAGCUCGCCGUCUCGGCCUCAUCUGAGAUCCUGUCGUCUUUCAGCGUCGUGCUUCUUUACCCCAGCCCUUCGAAACGGUAGCUGCUCCACUCCCACACACAAAACCAACACGUUAAAUAAGCCACAGGUGGAGCUCGGUUCACGGUACUGGGGAUACACGGAGGAAGGGACGAUGUGUUCACCAGAAGGAAAAGAAAGAACGUCUCCUCUCAUGGGUACUAAUAUAUAGGUUCAAUGCAAUUAUUUUAUAUUGUUUUGUUUUUGACUUCGCUCUUACAGAUAUUUGCUUAAAAAUGUCUAAGUUUCCCCUUUAAUAUUUAAAAGCCAGGCACCAACAUCACUUUGUAGAUACAACUUGUUGGUAAAAACUUGUAAUUCACCGACACAAACACACAUCAGUGACUCCAAAUGGCAUUACAUAGAAAUAUAUUCAUAGCUGGAGACUUAUUGUACCUGCAAACCUGAAAACAUGUCUUCACCUCAAGUUUUUAAAACCAUGUUGGUGCUAAAUGUACAAAAAAAAAGCUUCAAUCUUUUAAAUACAGUGGUUUUAUUAAAGCAUCAUCCAACAUAAGACAUCAGUUCAUCAGUACAAUACUGUACAAACAUUAAAUAUUCUAUGCUUAGAGUUUAUGUACAGCAAAAUCGACAGUUUUGGCGCUCUGUAAAAAUGAUUCACGUUUUUAAAUCUCACCUCUCAAACAGUCCCAACAUAUUUAUGAAAACCUCCAGACAUCCAUUGUGCUUUACAUCUUAAUGUAAACCGGUUUACGAGGAAAUCACAACAAUCUACAGAAACAGACCUGAAGCAGCAGCAAAAUGGGUCCUUAUUGAAAAGUGAACUUCAAAAACAAAACUAUGAAAAUACUGUGUGGUUUCUUCACACAAAGUCGAUCACUUUCAUAGAAAGAAUGCAGUAAAUUUGACUGUUACUGAGCGUGAAAGUAAUACAGACAGACAGACGUUCACAUCCUGCAGUUUUCACAACAGCAACAUCUGGCAAAGAGUCAGGAUUCAUCAAAAAUAGUUGGACACUCUAAUU